CCUGGCAUUGCUUCAAGCCCAGAAAUGACCAUGGGGUCAAUGAGGGUUAUACGGCAAAUCUUUCCUGCAAAUGAAAACCUCUUUUCUGUCCUUAUAAGAUACUAAGUAACUACGUAGGUACGAGGUAAAUGUAGAUGGUGGUUGACGUGGGGCCCCACCAAUGCCGGUCGCCCGCCUCAAGCCAGGCGACAGCGUCGUCGAGCACUCCGCCAAAUCUGGCUCCGACAUCAACAACGACUCGGCCACGCCCAACGACGUCGCGCGCUCCGAGCCCGCGGCCACCCAUCAGACCGAGUUUCGAUCGACGCGCAGCCCAUCGUCCGCCGCAGCGAUAUCCCAAUCGAUGGCAGACAACAAAGGCGCCGGCGCCGGGAACACGCCAUCCACCAUGGCAGAAUACAAAAAGGCCCAGGCGAGGGUGCGAGAGCUGGUGGAGCGUCGCAGGGCCCAGGAGAGAAAGCUCGCGACGGUCGAGGACAGCAUCGCGAACAAGGAGGCGGCGUACCUGGACAGCACGCCCGCCGGCAACAUCAUCACGGGCUUCGACAACUACAUGAAGGGUCAGAGCGGCGCGGCGGCGCAGCGGCGCAAGGCGGGGCCGAUGGAGCAGAACCGUGUUUUUUCGCGGUCGUCGGUGUCGUACAGACCGAACAACGGGGAUUCAACGCCGGGAUCCACGCCCGCGUCGCACGCCCCAACGCCCGUGUCUGCGUCGUUCCGUGACAGCGGGUCGGCACACCCGACGCCGUCCUCGGGGACGGGGAAGAACUCGAAAUCGAAGAAGAAGGAGAAGGAGACGGAAGAGAGCGAGGGAGACUCGCAGAUGGGCAAAAAGAGGACCAACUUUGGCGCGUCGAGGAAGUAGACGGCCUGGCGGGACACACACACCAACCCGGGUGUGAUGAUUUUUUCUCCUUUUUGGCGUUCAGAAUGGCAUGGAAUGGACUACAGGGCUCGCUUAAGGGGCUCGAGCAUGAGUGGGAUGGCGUUUGGCAGGCCGGUUUACUGGUAGUAGGGCCUCGAGCCGCGGGUCACGACCACAUGGUGAUAGAGCCUCACUUAAGAAUACUUUGGCGCCACUCCAGUAGAGAGCGUUGGCAAGUCUGGGA